AUGCUGACCGUCCCAGCUCUGCCAGACACGCCCUCAGAAACCGCCUCCGGAGCCAUGAAGCGAUUGGCGCCGCGCAAAAGUUGCCUGUCAUCUCGACGGCGACUUGCGGUUCUAGCAGCGAUAGCCAGUGCCGCGGUUUAUUCUGGCUACCCGUCGUUUUCUACCGCAGGAGCUCUGGCUGCAUCCUCAGCUGCCACUGGCUGCGCUGUGGACGGCGCAGAAACAACAUGUACUUGCGGUGGACAAGUCGGCGAAACCGGGAAGAACUGGUCCGCCAUUUUGUCGAAAAAAACUAAUAUACUCACGCUGAAGUGCGGUGAACAGAUGCAGUGUGUGCCUCAAGCGGCGGGGGGCAAGGUCUGUUCAGCAUCCUCUGACGAGUUGACGUCCUGCGACAUCGACCUGCACACGCUUCUCGCGGGCAACACGAAGGACGCCGAGUGGAAAGCCUGCCCAAAUGAAGGAAAUGAGACGACCUGCAUGAAAUUGUCUCUUCUCGAGGAAAAUCUGCCUUCUGUUGAUCAAACUUUUGCUGUUGGUUGCACAGGAAGUCCGGCGAAGCAAAAUGUGAAAUGUAAGGUUGCUGUGACGGUCGAGGCGAGGCCUUCUGUUACAGAGGGACAGACCGUCACAUGUGCCUACGGCGCCAGCAGCAACCCAACCCGUCAAGCCGUGACUCUGAGCCCGACACAGAACAGCUUCACUCUGGUGUGUGGAGACAAGGGAGAGGUGCUGCCGAAGAAUUACGAGGAUGUAUUCUGUUCGUCGGAAUUGAAGGGGGAUCAAGAUGUCUGCAAGGGAGACUACACCUCCAUUCUGCAAGCUUACCAAAAGAACUGGUGGGAGCACGACAAGAAAGCGAACGUCAAUUCGUACAAGCUUUCGAUUCCGGUCGACAAGUUCCCGACGGAGCAGUCAAAGAUUGUGGUCGGAUGUCAGCAGAAGGAGUCCUCGUCCGAGGAGAUGAAAACGACGGAGGACGCGGUAAAGUCUGCCCUGUGCACAGUUGAUGUGACGAUCGAAGCCAGCUCCGCUUCGUCAUGGUCUGUUAUUUCUGGCUAUGUAUUUGCUUUGCUUGUGGGGUCGUGUACCGCUGCGGUCGGCACUCUUGUCGUUUAA